CCAUGUUCCGCCAUCCAUCUGGACCGUUCCCGGCUGCCCAAGACGACAGUGGUAGCACUGCUCAGGAAAGUAUAGAGAGACUGAUCGAUGACAACACGGUAUUCAACAAACCUGAAGACUCCGAUAUCAUCACCGAAUAUCAUGGCAUCAAGACUUAUGCUCAUCGUGCCAUCCUACGCAUGUGCUCGCCCUUCUUUGAGCGUGUCUUCCAAUCUCAGUGGCCUGGUCCAGUCUUCUCUCUCGGUGACGACGAUGACCCUCUGAUCGUUGACGCAAUGCUCCGCCACACGUACAACCUACCCUACGACCAGUCUCUGAAGUCCAAAGUCUCCAACGCCUACGACAUCUACAAACUCCACUUUGAUCUGUUCAUGCUGGCCGACAAGUAUGACUGUCCAUCCCUACGCCGCGAUGCUGUGGCCAACUUCCGUCGUGCUGCGGACAAGUCCGACAUGAACAGCAAACUCUCACUCAUGAUGCUCAUCCCGGAUCUCUGUGGCCCUGAUGCCCGCCACACCGCCGACUCUGCUCUUCGUGAUGAAGUCUUGGACUUCUGCGCUCUGAACUAUGCUCAGAUGUUCNGGCGCUCUGCGUUCCAGGAAGAGCUGAAGGACGGAAGGAUGNUCGAUGCAGAUGCCAUGACCAAGCUACUCGGCAUGAUUGGAGCGAUUUCGUUGAAGAAGCACGCCGACCCCCACGUCUCAGCCCGCUUUCCAAUCCCAAAGAACUUGCCGUGCGGCAUCUUUGGCACA